CCCAUGUCAAAUAAUUAAAAAGCUAUAGUUAACGAUUAGUCCAGGCUGGGAUGCAAUGGUUUUAUUUGGCAGCGGGCUUGCCUAGCAGGAGAGAGAUGGGGCAUUAGUUCCGCUCCCUUUGAGUAGCGCACGGGUUGACUCUAGCUGAACAGGCAUCUGUAAGCAGGCAGGGCUGCUGUGUAGUAGGUUAGUAGCCUAGGCGCAGAAGCGAGACGGGAGGGGAGCAGAAACGUCGUUGGCGGAUACAUUUGAUUUUCAUUAGAUAAACGCCGUUGAAAAUCUGUGCGAAACGCGGCGCUUUAACCAGAGGAAUAGAGUUGGCCUUUCGGAUGAAGAAAUGGCAGCGGAAUCGACCCGGAGAUUCACAAAAAACCUGCUCAAGCCCGGGAGUGCUGCGGAGAUAAGACAGACGGCAUCCAAUGCGGUCAGGCAUUCGGCAAUAACGCAGGAGAAGCCCAAGCUGAUUGACCCCCUGGACUAUGAGGCUGUGAUCGGUGACCUGGGAGAAGAGCUGAAGGAAGAUCCCCUCAGAGACCUCCUCCUCUUCCCUGACAACGACUUCACGGUGUCCACAGUACCUCUGGAGAGACGGACUCUCCAGUCCACCGUGCCCCAGGAGGCCGAACUCAAAGCCGAGUGUCUGCUGGUCAGACAGUCCUGCAGGUACUAUAAUUCACCGCUGCACGUGGUGCAUUUCAGAUAUGAGGAGUACUCCGGGGACUACCGACUACUGCCCAGGAAGCUGUACAAGGCAGAGAAGUUGCCAUCCCACUCCUUUGAGAUUGACCAUGAGGAUGUGGACAAGGAUGAGGACACAACCUCUUUGUCCUCCUCUAAAGGAGGGGGAGGUGGAGGGGGAGGAGGUAUUGGUGUGUUUCGGUCAGGGUGGCUCUAUAAAGGCAACUUUAAUAGCACCGUCAACAACAGCAUCACUGUUCGGUCGUUCAAAAGGAGGUACUUCCAGCUGACACAGCUGACUGAUAACUCCUACAUUAUGAACUUCUACAAAGAUGAGAAGAUCUCCAAAGAGCCCAAGGGUUGCAUCUUCUUGGACUCGUGUACUGGUGUGGUACAGAAUAAUCGUCUGAGGAAGCACGCGUUUGAGUUGAAGAUGAACGAGGUGACGUAUUUUGUCUUGGCGGCGGAGAGUGAACAGGACAUGGAGGAGUGGAUUAGUACCUUGACCCGGAUCCUCCAAAUUAGUCCCCACGACGGGCCCUCUGCGCCGACCCAGCUGGACCGCAAGAGUGUAGACCUCACUGACACCCGGCCGGUACCAGAGCCGUUUGAUGUGCCUGUGACUGACGCGUGUUUACCUGAGAAUGAAGAGACAGCGGAGAAUGGCACCAACCCAGAGCUGGCCAAGUACAUAUCUGAGACUGAGGAAGGCGUCCGGUUGGCCAGAAGAGAAGAACGGCUCAACUUGUUCUCCCUGGACCCUGACACCCCGGUGUUGAGGAGUCCACGAGGGGAGUACCCUGGCGGGGGGGGCCCUACCGUCCAUCCCUUUGAGGAGAAGCUGGGGAGGAGACUGAUGAUCACCUGUCGAUCCCUCAACCUGACGCUUCAGGGCUGUGUCAACGAAACCGAGACUGGCCCUGUCACAAACAUUGAGCCCUUCUUUGUGACGGUUGCUUUGCUGGAUGUGCGUGAGGGCAGGAAGGUGUCGGCCGACUUCCAUGUCGACCUAAACCACGAGGCCGUGCGUCAGAUGCUGGCCGGGGCCGGGGCAGGAGGGCAUGGGUUGGGGCAGGAGAACGGCCAGAGCUCUCCUGCAGAGAGGAGACCUGGAGACUGUCACCUUAGUCCAGACUUGGAUGCCUGGCUCCGUUUCCCCCAGCAGGCCAUCUUGUCAGUGACGAAUCCCCACACGGACAUCGUUCUAGUGGCGAGAGUGGAAAAGGUGCUCAUGGGAAACAUCGCCGUGGGAACAGAGCCAUACAUCAAAAACACAGACUCCAGCAAGACGGUUCAAAAGAUGCUGAAAUCCAACAAGCAGUUCUGUAGUAAACUGGGAAGAUACCGCAUGCCUUUCGCGUGGUCUAUUAGGUCUGUGUUCAAGGACAAUCAGGGAACAGUGGACCGGGAGUCUCGCUUCUCACCCCUCUUUAAGCAGGAGAGCAGUAAGAUCUCCACCGAAGACCUCAUCAAGCUGGUGUCUGAGUACAGAAGGGCUGAAAAGACCAGCAAACUGCAGACCAUCCCAGGGACCCUGGACAUCACUGUGGACUGUGUCCCAAUGGAACAUCCCAACUGUGUGACCUCGUCGUACGUGCCCGUCAGGCCCUUCGAGGGCUGCGGCCAGCACCAGGUCACCGUGGAGGUGGAGGAGUUUGUCCAGGACUCCACCAAAUUCACACAGCCAUACCGCGUGUACAAGAACCACAUCUAUGUGUACCCCAGACACCUCAAGUAUGACAGCCAGAAGAGCUUUGCCAAGGCCCGUAAUAUUGCGGUCUACGUGGAAUUUCGAAGUUCGGAUGAUGAAGUGGCCAAGCCUUUGAAGUGCAUAUACAGCAAGCCUGACGGUCCAGUUUUCACCACAGCAGCCUGUUCGUCAGUCCUUCACCACUCCCAGAACCCAGACUUCUAUGAUGAGGUGAAGAUCGAACUGCCCAUCCAGCUCCACGAGAAACACCACCUGCUCUUUUCCUUCUACCAUGUGACCUGUGACAUCAACGCCAAGACCAACGCCAAGAAAAAGGAGGCCCUGGAGACCCCAGUUGGCUACUCGUGGCUUCCUCUGCUCAGAGAAGGUCGCCUGGCCUCCCAGGAGUUCAGCAUCCCUGUGUCCUGUACCCUUCCCCCUGGAUACUUGCUCAUCAAGGAACCUGGAUCUACCAAGAAUGGCUCAGAUCUGAAGUGGGUGGAUGGUGGGAAAGCCAUUUUCAAGGUCUCCACCAACGUGGUCUCCACAGUCUACACUCAGGACCCCCACCUGAACCGCUUCUUCCAGCAGUGCCAGAAACGAGAGAUGGACCUAUCCCAGCCACCUACCUCAAACUUCCUCAACUGCCUGAAGGGCUUACUGAGCAUGGAGAAGAUUCCAGUGAUCAUUCGUUUCCUGCCAGUUCUUUUUAACCAGCUGUUCAAGGUCCUCACCGAGAACGACAAUGACGAAGUCACUACCACCACCACCAGGGUGCUCAUCCAUAUUGUUGCCAAGUGCCAUGAAGAAAACCUUGACCACUACCUGCACUCCUACAUAAAGUUUGUGUUCAAGGCGGAGUCACACGGUUUCAGGACAGUCCACGAGGAGCUGGCCAAGGGUAUGACCUCUGACCUGAAGAGCAAUGAGCAGGCAACGAUCAGGAACAUCCUGAGGUUUUCCUGGUUCUUCUUUGAGCUCAUCGUCAAGUCCAUGGCUCAGGAUCUAGUGGACUCAGACAAAAUCAAGCUCCCUCGAUCACAGAGGUUCCCUUCAACAUACCUGGGUCGUCUGGAGAGCCUGGUGAUGACCGUGUCUGACCACAUCUUCUGGAAGAACAAGGAGCUGGCAGAGGAGACUCGCAGUGCCAACCUGGCCGUGGCAGCCUUUGUCAAGCGUUGCUUCACCCUCAUGGACCGGGGGUUCACCUUCAAGUUGAUCAGCAGUUACGUGAACAUGAUCACAGCCACCGACAACAAGGUGCUGUGUGAGUUCAAGUUUGAAUUCCUGCGAGAGGUGUGCAACCAUGAGCACUACAUCCCUCUGAGCCUGCCCCUCCCCUCUGCUCGCAUCACAGACAACGCAUCACAGGAAACUCAAACUGCUCAGGUGGACAUGCCAGAGUACAGCCUGACAGGCGAGUUCUGCAGGAAGCACUUCCUAACAGGCCUGUUGCUACGGGAACUGGGCCUGGCGUUGCAGGACGAGCAGGACCUGCGCCACCUGGCCCUGGCCUGCCUCAAGAACCUGAUGGCCAAGCACUCGCUGGACUCCCGCUACGCCAUGAAGGAGAAGCAGGCGAGGAUAGCGUCCCUCUACUUGCCUCUGUAUGGCCUCAUCCUGGACAACAUGCCUCGCUUCUUCCUCCGAGACCUGUUCCCCAUCUACUUCACCUCCAGUGACCAAGGUUCUCGAGAUGACUUGAGUGUGGGAGGGGGAGUGGUGGCUCAGGUGCCCCACGUCAUCCGCCAUGGUAACUCGGUGGAUGCCUCCUUCUCCAAAGAAGUGCUCAAUUCCAUCACAGCCUUCUCCACGCUGGCCGUAUCCACAGGUAACCAUGCCGACUCACGGGGUUCUCUGAUCAGCAUAGAGUCCAACCCUAGCAACGGUGACCGGAACAGUGAGAAGAUGGACGGUUGUGAAAAGUUUGCCCGUCCUCAGUCUCUGAUUGGCUUUGGAUCUCGCUUUGACAAGCUGGACCAGGCCGAGACUCGCAGUCUGCUCAUGUGUUUCCUCCACAUUAUGAAGACUAUAUCUGAAGAGGUUAUGGUUUCCUACUGGCACCGAGCCGUUCACCAGGAGAUCUCUGACUUCUUCAACAUCCUGGAGCUGUGUCUUCAACACUUUAGGUUCCUUGGGAAGCGCCACAUCGCCAGGAAGCUAGCGGCUGCAGUAAAGCUGGCCCAGGCCACCCAGAACAAUGGCACCUUGAAGGGCUCUAACCAUUCCAGCCAGUCUUCCUCAGGCAUCCUCCCUCAAUGGAUGCUGUCGGGACAGGACGGUCAUCGCCACGCCCGCUCCCAGACCAUGCCCAUCAUCCGGGCCAAGAACGCCCUGACCAACCCCAAGCUGCUGCAGAUGAUGGAGACCGGUAACGCAACCACAAACGGAAACAUCCCCGAAGGAGACCACCUGAGCCCCACGGACAUCGAGGCCAAUCUGUCCACCGAGGUUGCCCUCACCGUUCUGGAUGUCCUCGGCCUCUUUGUCCAGCACCACAAGAAACAGUUGCUACAGGACGAGGGUCAGAACCUGCUGAUGAAGAAGGUGUUUGACACAUACCUCCUGUUCUUCCAGAUCAACCAGUCCACCAACACCUUGAAGCAUGUCUUUGCUGCCCUGCGCCUCUUCAUACAGAAGUUCCCCUCUGCGUUCUUCCAGGGCAAAGCGGACCUGUAUGGCUGUUUGUGCUAUGAGAUCCUGAAGUGCUGUAACCACCGAUCCAGCUCCACCCAGACCGAGGCCUCAGCGCUCCUCUACUUCUUCAUGAGGAAGAACUUUGAGUUCACCAAGGGCAAGUCCAUCGUUCGCUCCCACCUACAGUUAAUCAAAGCAGUGAGUCAGCUGAUCGCAGACGCUGGGAUUGGAGGCUCACGCUUCCAACAGUCUCUGGCCAUCAUCAAUAACUUCGCCAACGGAGAUGCUCCUCUCAAGAACACAUCGUUUUCUGCCGAGGUGAAGGACCUGACCAAGCGGAUCCGCACGGUACUGAUGGCCACGUCCCAGAUGAAGGAGCAUGAAAAGGACCCAGAGAUGCUGGUGGAUCUACAGUACAGCCUCGCCAACUCCUACGCCAGCACACCCGAGCUCCGGCGCACUUGGCUGGAAAGCAUGGCCAAGAUCCAUGUCCGCAAUGGAGACCUCUCAGAGGCGGCCAUGUGCUACAUCCACAUCUCUGCGCUGAUCGCUGAGUCCCUGAAGAGGAGAGGCUACUGGAAACCUGACAAGGCCAGGAUGUCAGGCGUGGUUCCUGAGCAGCCCAGUGUCAUUAACUGUAGCCCCUUACUAACCCCUUGGGAUGGAGAAACGUCCUUCUCUAUGGGCUGGGCAGCCUUCCUCUGCAUCACGCCCAACGUGAAGGAGGAGGGGGCUAUGAAGGAGGACACAGGGACUCAGGACACCACCUACACAGAGGACACUCUGGUGGAGCAGCUGGAGCUGUGUGUGGACUACCUGUGGAAGUCUGAGAGGCACGAGCUCAUAGCCGAUAUCAACAAGCCUGUCAUCGCCGUCUUUGAGAAGAGGAGAGAUUUCAAGAGGCUGUCUGAGCUGUACUAUGACAUUCACCGCUCGUACCUGAAGGUGACGGAGGUCGUGAACUCCGAGAAGCGUCUGUUUGGUCGAUACUACCGAGUGGCCUUCUAUGGACUGAUUGCGGGCUUCUUUGAGGAGGAGGAGAGUAAGGAGUUCAUCUAUAAGGAACCAAAGCUUACGGGGCUGUCCGAGAUCUCCCAGAGGCUCCUCAAACUCUAUUCUGACAAGUUUGGGGCUGACAAUGUCAAGAUGAUUCAGGACUCCAACAAGGUGAACCCUAAAGACCUGGACCCCAAAUUCGCCUACAUCCAGGUGACCUAUGUGGUACCCUACUUCGAUGACAAGGAGCAGCAGGAGAAAAGGACGGACUUCGAGCGCCAUCACAACAUCAAGCGCUUCGUGUUUGAGACGCCGUUCACUCUGUCUGGGAAAAAGCAUGGUGACGUGGAGGAGCAAUGCAAGAGACGCACCAUGUUAACCACGAGCUCCAGCUUCCCCUACCUGAAGAAGCGCAUCCAGGUGGUGGAGCAGCAGAGCACAGAGAUGAACCCCAUCGAGGUGGCGAUUGACGAGAUGUCCCACAAGGUGUCCGAGCUCAACCAGCUGUGUGCCAUGGAGGAGGUGGAUAUGAUCCGGCUGCAGCUCAAACUGCAAGGGAGCGUCAGUGUCAAGGUGAAUGCUGGGCCAAUGGCGUAUGCCCGUGCAUUCCUGGAAGAAAAAAAUGCCAAGAAGUACCCUGACAACCAAGUGAAACUGCUCAAGGAGAUUUUCAGGCAGUUUGCGGAGGCGUGCGGCCAGGCGCUGGACGUCAACGAGCGUCUUAUCAAGGAGGACCAGCUGGAGUACCAGGAGGAGAUGAGAGCCCACUACCGGGACAUGCUGACCGAACUCUCCACCGUCAUGAAUGAGCAGAUCCCUCACUCAAGACAACCGGGAGCCGAGCGGCACAGCGCCUUCUGAGCAGCCGGUAGGCAUAACGGAAACUGCCAGUGCCCAGGUGGACACGCUGCACCAAAACUGCUCUUGGUGAGCGCCGUCGCUCUUCCCCCUGUCUGGAAUUAUACAGGAAGGAGCAGGGGAGUGGGACUGUGAGUUUGUGGGAACUGGAAAAUAAGAAAGUGUCUGGGGAAAUUCCGGAAGUCUGUAGACUGUGGUUGUGGUAGUCUAGCGACCGUGUACUCCGCAGUCCUGGUGAGGAGGAUGAUGAUGAUGAUGAUGAAGUCCACCAGGCUGCUGUACUGUUACUUUUUGUUUAUACGUCCAUGUUUGCACUCCCCUGCCGACUGCCUCGUCUCCUUACUAUGUACGCAAACACACACACACGCACACACACAACAUGCGCCUUCUCUCCAUAGCCCCAUCCCUUUAGAGAACAGUGACCUUAAUGAGCUUGAGGUGCGUUCAGCAGAACAAAUGUUUGGUUGUCAUUCCGGUCACAACUAUUUGGAUCAUCGUUUGAUGGUUUUUCCAUUAUUCUUUUGGAUACUUUUAUGCUGCAGCUGUUUGCCACUUGUAUUAAACAAUUCCACAAGGUCUUGUAAGAUGACAGUAUAAGAAAUUCUAUGAAGGAUUUCUACAUGUUCAGUAGCCAAACAUGAAUGUUGAAUGUUGCAGAUCAAAUUGCCAUAAAAAGUGCCAACAAGAUUUAUUUUACUGUAUGGCAGAGACAUGGUGGUUCUUUAUCAUUUAUUUUAAACGUUACACAACAUUGUGACCUGCUGAACAGAGUGACAUGUAGCCUGAUUCAUAUUUGAUAUUGAACACACCUCCUGUUCCUGUUUGAAUGUAGAGCAACUCCGCAUAGCUACUUUGUAUCCUAACAUUCUGGAAUUCCCAGCUCACAAAUUUUCGAAUGGAAAGUUUAUGUUUUAUAACAUUUUUAUGAUUGAUAAUGUUGUUAUUAUUAUUUCCUGUACUGUUUUAAAUUGUA